AUGAAUCACACACCAGCUAAAACACAUCGAACGCCUGAGGAUGAAUACCCCGUAUCUGCUAGAGGCAUUCGCCAGCCGCAGUCAGAAUCCCGUACUCCGCGGUUUCUCUUAGGGCCGCCAGCCUCGCAGGGCUCAAAUAUUCAGUUCGCGUCGACUCCUCGCUUCCUGUUUGGAGGCGGUGGAAGUCAGUCACAGGCUAAUGUGUCUGAUGAUGAGAUCAACCAGGAUGACCAGGAGGACUAUUCCGGUCGAAAAAGGCCAGCACGUCGCCUUGGGCCACCUGUAGCAUUUCGUGGGGAGGCAAUCCGAGACUCAGAUUCAGAAUCAAUCCGAGAUGACGGAAGCAUUUCAUCUGGCCACGGAGAUGAUGUAGCUGGUCAAGCAGGGACCAAAAAUGACGGGGAUGAGGAUGAGAUGCUGCUCUCUCUUUCACCCGUGGUUCCAAGCGCCAAACGCCGACGGCGGCUCUCCCGAUCACCCUCCCCUAAAGAGUCCAGGGCCAGGGUUUCGAAGUUACCUGGGCCUGACAAUAUAAUAUCUUCAUCGCCGGGGAGUCCGCCUUCAGUCUCGGCCAGUGAACAUAUGGACCCGCCAUCUGACCUACCUGAAGAUGAAUUUGUUACACCUAGCCGCCGGGAGAUGUUCCCUUCGUCAGGAAAGGACACGCAAGGAUUAUCAUCAGCUAGAUACGCGCGAUUUAUCGCCAACCCAAGGCAAGCGGGCCGCCCGACAUCGGGGGAUCAAGCUUGUUCCCAGGCCCCUGAUUACAAUGCAACAACAGCUCUAGAAUCUACACCACGGCCAAAACCACGCUUCGUUCUUCCAUCUACUCCUCAUACAGCGCGUAGUGACAAACAAACAGGCCCUAUGACCAGCCCAACUCCAUGCUCACCAUUGGCUCACCGGACAAAGCGAGGCCGUGCAAGCUCCCUGGUAAAGCCAAACUUUGUCCCUAACGGCAUGGCUGCGGAAGUUCGAAAUUGGAUAUUCGAGAUGGGUGCGAAAUGUCAAGUUAACUCUCAUUCGCCAACGCCAGGAUCGUUGCUGUUUUCUCCAACGCGUCCUACCCAAAGCGAAACGAAACCCGGAGCAAGUCAAGUCAGCUCUCGAGACCCAUAUCAUCUUACUACCAAGGUUGCGUUGGUGAAACACUCGCUACAGCGCUCAGGCGAGGACCAACUGCCUCACACUAAAAUCCAUGGCAUUUCAGCUGGUCACCCAGCACCAUUCAUAUUGGCCACCCUACGUAAAGAGAUGCCGGAUUCUGGGCAUCUCCCUGUUCAUAAGAUCUUACUCUUUAACACCCCUCUACAUGCAACCCCAAGGAAUACAGUUCCGGGUUUUAUAAGCUUGAAAGGUGGUGAUUGCAUUGGGAUUAGGAAGGGAUUGGUUUGGGAGAUGGAGAUGAAUGCAUCCCUUCCUAUUGGUUUCACGGUGAGAGAAGGUGAUUCAGAUACAGCUGAAGAAGUAUCUCAAACCUGCCUGGUAGGUGUUGAGUGGGAUAUACUGGACUGA